AUGCGUAAUCUUAUUACCUUGAACAAGGGUAAAUUCAGACCAAUAGCCUCUACUGUUGAAGAUGAUGAAGGUGAAUUACCUUUAACUUUGCUGGACUCAGUGUUUGAUACAUUAUCUGAUAGUAUAACGUGUGUACUUGGUUCCAUGGAUAUUGGAGCUAUUGAAGUGCAACAAUUCAUGAAGGAUGGUUCUAGGAAUGUCUUGGCUUCAUUUAAUAUUCAGACUUUUGACGACAAGUUAUUAUCAUUUGUUCAUUUUGCAGAUAUUAACCAGUUAGUGUUCGUCUUUGAACAAGGUGAUAUCAUAACAGCCACUUAUGAUCCUGUCAGUUUAGACCCAACCCAAACUUUGAUUGAAAUUGUAGGUACUAUAGAUAACGGAAUAGCAGCCGCACAGUGGUCGUAUGAUGAAGAAACACUAGCCAUGGUGACCAAAGAUCGUAAUAUGGUGGUUCUUAGUAAGAUGUACGAACCCAUAUCCGAAUAUCAUUUAGAGAUAGAUGACCUUAAGAUCUCGAAACAUGUUACUGUUGGGUGGGGUAAGAAGGAAACUCAGUUCAGAGGCAAGGGUGCACGCGCCAUGGAAAGAGAAGCAUUGGCCAGUUUGAAGGCGUCAGGUUUGGUUGGUAAUCAAUUAAGAGAUCCGACCAUGCCAUACAUGGUAGACACUGGUGAUGUAACGGCCUUUGACAAUCACGAGAUUACGAUUUCUUGGAGAGGUGAUUGUGAUUACUUUGCUGUUUCUUCUGUCGAAGAAGUACCAGACGAGGAUGACGGAACAAAAUCUACAAAACGAAGGGCCUUCAGAGUUUUUUCUCGUGAAGGUCAAUUGGAUAGUGCCUCUGAACCCGUUACGGGGAUGGAGCACCAGCUGAGUUGGAAACCUCAAGGUUCUUUGAUUGCAUCUGUUCAAAGGAAAACAGGCCUUGGUGAUGAGGAUUCAAUGGAUUUGGUUUUUUUUGAACGAAAUGGUUUGAGGCAUGGUGAGUUUGACACGAGAUUACCAAUAGAUGAGAAGAUAAAAAGUGUAUGUUGGAAUAGUAACUCUGAGGUACUGGCAGUAGUAUUGGCGGAUCGUAUCCAGUUAUGGACUUCAAAGAACUACCAUUGGUAUUUAAAGCAGGAACUAUAUGCGAGAGACAUUUCCUACAUUAAAUGGCAUCCAGAAAAAGACUUCACUUUGAUGUUUUCUGAUGAUGGAUUUAUUAAUAUUGUCGAUUUUGCUUAUAAGAUGGCACAGGGUCCCACAUUAGAACCUUUUGAUAACGGCACCUCUCUUGUUAUUGACGGAACAACUGUUAAUAUCACUCCUCUAGCUCUUGCCAAUGUCCCCCCACCGAUGUACUAUCGCGAUUUUGAAACUCCGGGAAAUGUCUUGGACGUUGCAUGUGGGUUGUCUAAUGAAAUAUAUGCAGCCAUCAACAAAGAUGCUCUAGUUUUUGCAUCCAUUCCCAGUAUUGAAGAAAUGAAAAAGGGUAAACAUCCUAAGGUAGUUUGUGAAUUCCUCAAAUCUGAGUUCACAAGUGAAGUUGACUCUUUGAGACAAGUUGCUUUUAUCAAUGAUUCUAUUGUUGGUGUAUUACUUGAUACGGAUAACCUUUCUAGGAUAGCACUUUUGGACAUUCAGGAUAUAACUCAACCAACUCUAAUAAAUAUUGUGGAGGUUUAUGAUAAGAUUGUUUUAUUAAGAAGUGACUUUGAUUAUAAUCAUUUAGUGUAUGAGACUCGUGAUGGUACAGUUUCUCAAUUAGAUGCGGAAAGUCAGUUAAUGGAAAUUACCAAAUUUCCUCAAUUGGUACGUGAUUUUAGAGUAAAAAGAGUUCAUAACGCAUCAUCAGAAGAUGCCAGCAACUGGUCUGCGGAAAGUUCUGAAUUAGUUGCAUUCGGUAUCACGAAUAAUGGAAAGUUAUUCGCCAAUCAGGUUCUUUUGGCGUCUGCAGUUACUUCCUUAGAAAUCACUGAUUCCUUUCUGCUUUUCACGACAGCACAACACAAUUUGCAAUUUGUACAUUUGAAUUCCACCGAUUUCAAGCCCUUGCCUUUGGUAGAAGAAGGUGUUGAGGAUGAAAGAGUUCGUGCCAUUGAAAGAGGUUCCAUUUUGGUGUCCGUUAUCCCGUCUAAAUCUUCCGUUGUAUUACAAGCCACACGUGGUAAUCUGGAAACAAUCUAUCCAAGAAUCAUGGUAUUAGCUGAAGUUAGAAAGAAUAUUGUGGCAAAACGUUACAAAGAGGCCUUUGUUGUUUGCCGAACACACAGAAUUAACCUUGACAUAUUAUAUGACUAUGCGCCAGAACUAUUUAUUGAAAAUUUAGAACUAUUUAUUAACCAAAUUGGAAGGGUUGAUUACCUCAAUUUAUUUAUCUCCUGUUUAUCGGAAGAUGACGUCACGAAGACAAAAUACAAAGAAACUCUCUAUUCAGGUAUCUCAAAGUCAUUUGGGAUGGAACCAGAGCCCCUAACUGAAAUGCAAAUUUAUAUGAAAAAAAAAAUGUUUGAUCCUCAAACCUCCAAGGUCAAUAAAAUAUGUGAUGCCGUGUUAGACGUCUUACUAAGCAACCCUGAAUACAAAAAGAAAUAUUUGCAAACUAUUAUUACUGCAUAUGCAUCUCAAAAUCCUCAAAAUUUAUCGGAUGCAUUAAAACUAAUCAGUGAAUUAGACGACUCUGAGGAGAAAGAUUUUUGUGUAACUUAUUUGUGUUUCUUGCAAGAUGUCAACGUUGUUUAUAAAUCAGCGCUAUCUUUGUACGAUGUCAGUUUAGCGUUAUUAGUGGCUCAAAAAUCCCAAAUGGAUCCUCGUGAAUAUUUGCCAUUUUUACAAGAAUUACAAGAUAACGAGCCUUUGCGCCGUAAAUUUUUGAUAGAUGACUACUUAGGAAAUUAUGAGAAAGCUUUGGAGCAUUUGUCUGAAAUUGAAAAGGAUGAUGUUGUUUCAGAAGAAGUCAUAAACUACGUUGAAUCUCAUGAAUUGUAUAGGCACGGCCUGGCACUUUACCGUUAUAACUCUAAGAAACAGGAUGUUAUUUACAACGUUUACGCAAAGUAUUUGUCAUCGAACCAAAUGUAUGCGGAUGCUGCAGUAGCGUACGAAAUGUUAGGAAAAUUCAAAGAAGCAAUGGGGGCAUAUGAAUCAGGUAAAAAAUGGCGUGAGGCCAUGACAAUUGCUGUUCAGAAUUUUCCAGAAGAAAUUGAGUCAGUUGCAGAAAACUUGAUAUCCUCUCUGACUUUUGAACAUAGGUAUGUUGAUGCUGCCGAUAUUCAACUCGAAUAUCUAGACGAUGUUAAAGAAGCUGUAUCUUUGUACUGUAAAGCUUAUAGAUACGAUAUUGCUUCUCUCGUAGCGAUCAAAGCAGGGAAAGGGGAGCUGUUGGAGGAAAUCGUGGAUCCUGGCUUAGGUGAAGGUUUUGGUAUAAUAGCCGAAUUGCUUGCCGAUUGUAAGGGCCAAAUUAAUUCUCAGUUAAAAAGACUGAGGGAGCUACGUGCUAAGAAGGAGGAGAACCCAUACGCCUUUUACGGUCAGGAAACUGAGCAAGCAGAUGACGUUUCAAUUGCACCUUCGGAGACAUCAACAAAGGAAUCGUUCUUCACAAGGUACACAGGCAAAACUGGGGGAACUGCAAAAACGGGUGCCUCUAGACGCACAGCGAAAAAUAAGCGUAGGGAGGAACGUAAGCGUGCUCGUGGUAAAAAGGGAACUAUUUAUGAAGAAGAAUAUUUAGUUCAAUCAGUUGGAAGAUUGAUCGAGAGAUUAAAUCAAACGAAACCAGAUGCUGUGAGAGUUGUCGAGGGUCUUUGUAGACGAAACAUGAGAGAGCAAGCACAUCAAAUUCAAAAGAACUUCGUCGAAGUACUCGACUUAUUGAAGGCUAAUAUUAAGGAAAUCUAUUCUAUUAGCGAAAAGGACAGAGAAAGGGUUAACGAAAACGGGGAAGUUUACUAUAUCCCAGAAAUUGCUGUUCCUGAGAUUAAUGAUUUCCCCAAGAGUCAUAUUGUUGAUUUUUGA